AUGGAAGGCUUACAUACCGUCACUUCUCUGCCUCAAAGUGUCAUACAGUGUGGGCUGUGUAAAGAAACCAUCACCAAGCCUCGGGUUCUGCCAUGUUUACAUUCUUUCUGUCACGGUUGUCUUCGAGACUACAUUGAUGGCCAAAGUAACGGUUCGAAUGGAAAGUAUGAAAAGCGUGGGAGGUUGAAUAUAGUUACAUGUCCAGAAUGCCCCGUGCACAUUUCUCUGCAAUCAGGCACAGAGCUUAUUCCAGAGGUAAAGGGCACCGAUGCGUUUGUCCAGUGCUUCCCAGAAAAUACUUUCCUUGAAAGGAUGGUGACAACAGUAUGGUCCUUAAACAAAGAAAACAAAAAUUGUGAUAUUUGUUUGAGAAUUGGGAGAUGCGCAGAUGCGGCGGUGAAUUGGUGCUGUGACUGUUACGAGGCCCUGUGUGAAUCGUGUAGCGGAGUUCAUCAAGGUACGGGAGUGACAUCAGAGCAUGACGUUAUCUCGAUUGCCCAAGCUCGACAAAAGCCCUUGGCAUUGCUGCUGAACAAAGAGCGUGAUGUAAGCUGCAAACAUCACCAAGGAGAAAUUUUAAAGCUUUUUUGUCAGAGCUGCAGUGUAACGCUGUGUGCACAAUGUGUCACUGGAGAACACAAGCUUUGUGGAAAGUGCGUGACAAUUGGUGACGCUUACACAAACCACGAAGACGAGCUAGAUGCACUUUGUGGAAAACUAGAAACGGUGCAUAGGUUUGUCACAGAAGCCAAAAAUGUUCUGACCGAGGAAAGGGAGAGUUUUGAUGAUAGAGUUGAGAAGAUUCGCGAAGAAAUCCAAGCCAUGAGCAGAAACUUAUGUCAAAGAAUACAGGAAAGUGAAGAAAAACUACUAGCUGAACUAGAUAGAUGGCGUUUGGAAACGGAACCGGAAAUUAAUUUGGGUAUAACAAAAAUGAUAGAAUAUGGCAACCAGGUUCAGAAGACCCGUGAAAUUGUCGAGACUUUGUUGCAUUACGGCUGUGAAGCUGAAAUCAUGACGUCACUCAAUUCCAUCCGGGAUCAAACUGCGCAAACCGAAACUUCCGCUUAUCAGAACGUGGCUACAUGUAACAAGCGACCAGACAUUAGUUUUAGUCAGUCAAAGGUAACUGCUGAUUUUGCUGCAGACUUUGAAACGCUCGGAGAAAUUCGGUAUAAUGAAGGUGUGUCUGACAACAGCUGUGACCAGCUCAGCACUUGGGGGAUAGCCUGUGUGAGCCGGGACGACAUGAUUGUGGUGGACGGUACCAACAAGGCGCUUCACAAAUUCCGCAGGGGUGGCAGCCUCAUUGACCAGAUCGCCUUCAGUGACGAGCCCCGUGACGUCACACAUAUGGGACAAGGUGACAUCGCUGUUACAAUGAACCGGAAACAGGUUAUGUUUCUGGGCACAACGGGAAAGUUAAAACUAAAGCAAACAGUCAAAACACAAAAAAGUUAUCACGGUAUUUCGGCUCUCGCUUGCGACAAGCUCGUCGUGAGUUACCUCGGAAGUGGAAAAUCCGUAGAUAUCAUCUCUCUGGAAGGUGUGAUCGAGAGAACUCUGUCUAUGGACGAGCAUGGAGCGCCAUUAUUCUUUGACCCGCGUUACCUAGCGACAACAAAGGGAGACACUCAGCUGAUAUUGGUGUCUGACUUCCGAAAACAGAGCAUCAUUUGUUUGAAUUCAGAUGGACAAGUGAAGUUUAAAUUUCAGUCGACAAACGGACACAGGACUCUCAAGCCUUUGGGAAUUUGUUCGGAUCGUUUUGGUAACAUUUUUGUGGCAGAUUACAGUCGAGAUGAAAUUGCUCUGCUGAGUAAGGAUGGGAAAUACCAGCGUUCUGUGGUUACAAGAGAGGAUGAGAUGGACAGGCCCGUGGCCGUGGAUAUCAGCAGGGAUGGCCGACUAGUGAUUGUACAAAACGAUGGGAUGGUCAGAGUGUUCAGCUAUUGAUAUAAGCAGAAAUAGUCCACUAGUGAAUGAACAAAACGAUGUC